CGGAGCCGGACUCCCACGACGCGCUGCUCGACCCACCCGGCAACCAAACCCUAUCCACCCCGCGUCCUCUCUCCCCUCAUUUAAACCGCCACCACGACGGCACGCCGCCUCGUCGGAAAAACCAUCAUCUAAAGUUCAACGCCCGCACCGCAAGCGCAACACGCCAACACCCGAGACCCGACGCGGCCUUCGCCUUCCCUCCGCGCGAGGGAGAUUCGAGGGGAGAGAGGUUCUCACCUUCGCGCCUGCGGUUGCUUGGCGCAGAGUCGUCGCAGAUGGACCGGUACCAGAGGGUGGAGAAGCCGCGGGAGGAGUCCCCUAUCGGCGCCAACGAGAUCCGCAUCACGGCGCAGGGCCGGCCCCGCAACUACAUCACCUAUGCGCUCGCCCUGCUCCAGGACAAUGCAACAGAUGACAUUGUCAUCAAGGCCAUGGGAAGGGCGAUCAACAAGACAGUUGCCAUCGUGGAGCUUCUUAAGAGAAGGAUUGCUGGUCUCCAUCAGAAUACCUCUAUUGAAUCCAUUGAUAUAACAGACACUUGGGAGCCAUUGGAAGAAGGCCUUGUCACUCUUGAGACCAUUCGCCAUGUGUCCUUAAUCACUAUUAAAUUGUCAAAGAAGGAGCUGGAUACAUCAUCCCCAGGUUACCAGCCGCCCAUACCAGCUGACCAGGUCAGGCCAGCAGCUGACUUUGAUCAGGAUGCAGAGGCCGUACCAAGUGGUCGUGGAAGAGGACGUGGUCGUCGCAGCAGGGGCAGGGGAAGGGGAAGGGGGUUCAGCAGUGGAGUAGACUAUGAUGAUGAGAUUGGAGAGCCAGAGGAGGCUCCGCGUGGAUAUCGUGGCAGAGGGAGGGGCCGUGGAGGGCGUGGAUCUUUUGCAGUUGGAAGGGGCUAUGGUGGUGAUAAUUAUGCGAUGGAAGAAGCUGGUAGAUAUGAUGAUGAUGGAUAUAACGCACCACCUAUGCAACGAUAUGAAGGUGGCAGAGGAAGGGGCAGAGGGCGUGGACGCGGUCGUGGGCGGGGAAGGCAAGGCCAUGGACCUCCUCCGCAGCAGUAGAUUGGUUGGCACAUCACCUUUGGGAUGUCAUAACCUCCAUUUCUUUCCAUAAGAUAAAUGUUACCGUCCAUUAUAUUUUUUAUCUGGUUAUUAGGUUCAUGUUGAAAGUUGACAUAGUGACUCUAGUGUGGAGGAUGCGGCUAGUUAAGAUUUGGUAGCUAGGUUGUUCGUCCAUUUGCCUAUUUAUUAUCUCAGAUCAGACUUGGUGCCGUUCCAGUUGUGCAUUGUAGCCUCUUUUUACC